UGAUGUUUGGUUCAUUGAGCUACAUGCCCACAUAGCUCAAAACGUUAAAGUUGUGUACUUUCAUGAGGGUUUCGUGUAAUUUCUUCAUCUGGGUCGUUCUAAUUCCCUUCGAUUUCUGAGAUUUUUCCACCCGUCAAGUACUGUAUUGAAAAUUGGGGAUUUUUUUUUUUUGGAUGAGAUAUGGGGGAGCAUGUAGCAGCAAUUCACACUGCUACCAAUGCUUUGCAAGCAUUAGGAAGAGGUUUUGAUGUGAACUUUGAUACGAGGUUGCUUUAUUGUAAAGGGGUUUCGGGGUCGAGGGUAGUUGAGGUUGAUGAGGAACACCCAAGGGACAUGUGCUUGUACGAUGAUGUUGUUGUUGAGAAUGUUUCCAGGGACAUUGGAUGCUCUCAGGAACCCAUAGAGCGUCAGAAUUCUGGAGUGUAUAGUUUCCAAGAGAUGGUUGAAUAUUUCAACAAUAAGGCAAAUGUAUCAGGGAGCUUUGCUAUUGGGAGCUUUAAUUCCGCAUUUAGCUUCACUGGUUCAAAACUUAUUGAUGCUGCGGCUACAAAAACCUUGUCCUCAGAUGGAUUUUACAUUCCCCUUGCAAAGGUUCAGCUUAAAAAAUCCCACUUAACAUUGCAACAAAAUGUCAAAAGGGUUGUACCAGUUAGUUGGGAUCCGCCGUCCUUGGCAAGCUUUAUUGAAAAUUUCGGGACUCAUGUAAUUACUUCGAUAACGAUUGGUGGUAAAGAUGUUAUUUAUGUUAAACAACACCAUAGUUCACCAUUGUCAAAGUUGGAGAUAAAGAACUAUAUUCAAGAAAUUGGAAAUCAGAGGUUCUCUGACAUCAAUAGCCAUACAAGUUCAGGUCAAACAAAAUCCAAGGAUAAGGGUAUUGAUCCUUUUUCCUUCAAUAGCCAAGGGAUUUACCCUCAACCUACGACUGCAACAUAUCCUAGCGGCAAAGAAGAUGUCACGGUUAUUUUUAGAAGAAGAGGAGGAGAUGAUUUGGAACAAAACCACAUCAAAUGGAUAAAAACUGUUAAGUCCUCCCCAGAUAUCAUUGAGAUGACUUUUUGUCCUAUAACAAAUCUCCUUGAUGAAAUACCCGGCAAGGAGCAUUUGACUCGUGCUAUUAAUCUUUAUCUUGAAUAUAAGCCUCCUAUUGAAGAACUUAGGUAUUUCCUAGAGUUUCAGAUUCCUCGCGUUUGGGCUCCUCUGCGGGACAGGAUUCCAGGUCACCAAAGGAAGGAACCUGUAUGCCCAUCUUUACAAUUCAGCAUAAUGGGCCAGAAGCUUUAUGUCAGUCAAGAGCAGAUUACGGUUGGACGUAGGCUGGUAACUGGCUUACGGCUUUGUCUAGAAGGAAAUAAGCAGAAUCGGCUCUCUGUUCAUCUUCAACACUUGGUAUCCCUUCCGAAGAUCCUUCAGCCGUAUUGGGACAACCAUGUAGCUAUCGGUGCUCCCAAGUGGCAAGGACCCGAGGAACAAGAUAGCCGGUGGUUCGAGCCUGUUAAGUGGAAGAACUUUUCUCAUGUGAGCACUGCGCCGAUUGAGAACCCAGAAACCUUUAUAGGAGACUCCUCCGGUGUGUACAUAGUUACUGGAGCACAGCUUGGAGUAUGGGAUUUCGGACCCCGGAAUGUAUUGUAUAUGAAACUCUUGUAUUCUAGGUUACCCGGCUGCACGAUCCGUAGAUCACUAUGGGAUCACACCCCGAUCAAGUUAUCGAAAAUCUCAACUUCCGGGGACAGUUCUAGUCCUGACAACUCAAGUUCUGGUUCUAGAGAAAACGUGGUAGGGAACAAGGUGAUGAAGUAUGUCGACUUGUCCGAAAUGAGCAAGGGACCUCAAGAUCCUCCAGGGCAUUGGUUAGUUACUGGUGGAAAGCUUGGUGUUGAGAAAGGGAAAAUUGUUUUGAGGGUUAAAUAUUCAUUGCUAAAUUACUGAUUUUCACUGUCCAUGUUUUUUUGUUUGUUUGUAUGGUGAUGUGCAGUGUUUUUAUGUGCUAAAUUAGUGGAAAACAUUUUAUUAUGGUUUGAUGAUGACCUGAGAGAUUAGUAGGAAGCUUAAUUAUGGGGUUAGUGGUCGCAAAUGCUUUGUUUCUUUUGCUAUUGCUGCUUAUAUAAAUGUUCAUGUUUAUAGGAUUUGGAACUUGUUCCCACACUAGUAACUCCAUUAUUAGAUCAAUGAUCA